AUGCAUUUUAACCCAUUGGGACCAGAAGAUCACUUCUCUGGUGACCACGCUAUGGAUAUGGAUGAUGACCCCGAUCCGGAGAUGCCACCGAGUGGGACGCCGACACAUCCCAUUGAAAUUUCAGACAGGUCGUCUUUUCACGGUUCGCCAUACCGAGGUCCAGACAACUACGAAGCGGUCACUCCGCCACCGUCGCCAGAGCAGCAGCCGCCUCCGGAGCCACCAAGGCAGACUAGAUCAAACGCACUGAUGUCUGUGCGAGGGGGAUUCCGUUUCAGCACCCCUCAACACUCAAGUGGCAGUCACUACCUGCCACUAUAUGAAGACCCGCAUAUGGGAGGGCCUUCAAACCCUGUUUCCGAGGUGAACUCCACACCAGUUACACCACCAUCACCACCACAUAUGGGUUAUGAUAACCCGAUUCCUUCAAACGCCGGUGCAGCGGCGUAUAACCCUUUUGAGCAGCCAGCCCAUACUGGCUACAACUACGCCGAAGUUGACCCAUACCUUGUAGCGGCAAACUACAAUGCUCUUCAUCCUGAGGGGCCCUGUGGAGCUCCAUAUCAGACUGGAUACCCAGCUUAUGGGUACCAAUACCCACCACCUCCUCACCCUCUGCAGCAGUAG